CACGUUACGUGGGAGCUGCACGUGGGUCCACGCUCCAGAAAAUAGAUUUCUUUUUUCCACAUAGAGCACACCAGUCGUCUGUCAGCCGUGUUUUUAAAAACAUGUGGUGAUUUUCCUGAGACAGUCAUCCAUUCCUACUAUGAAUACACAUGUGUCUCAAGUGUGCGAGGAUUCACUUCCUAAAACUGUGACUUCUCUUUUCUGAGACAAACGUAGAUUGAAAGACGGGAUGUUUUCUUGUGUUUGUCUCUUGGACCCUCUUGCAUGGUUUCAGGCGCUCUGCUGCAGAUAUGGAUCCGAUCACACCGAACACCACAGACUACCUGGACAUUGACUAUGAUGAGUACGCUGAGUACAAUGACACGGAAUUAUCCAAGUCAGCGCCGUGCAAACAGGAGUACAUCUAUGCGUUUGCACGGAGAUAUUCCCCUGUUGUUUUCACGCUGGUGUUCAUCCUUGCAGUGGUGGGAAACGUGCUAGUGUUGUGCGUCAUCCGCCGCUACCGCAACUCGCAGCGCGGUGGCGCCUGUGCCUUCUCUCUCACCGACACCUUCCUCCUCCACUUGGCCAUCUCUGACCUGCUGCUGGCCUUCACCCUGCCCCUCUUCGCAGUACAGUGGGCUCACCAGUGGGUGUUUGGUUUGGCACUUUGCAAGAUCUCCGGCGCCCUCUUCUCUCUCAACCGCUACAGUGGAAUCCUCUUCCUUGCCUGCAUCAGCUUUGACCGCUACCUGGCCAUCGUCCACGCCGUCAGCUCUGGCUGGAAGCGGAACACCUGCCACGCGCAAAUCGCGUGCGCCCUCAUCUGGAUGUGCUGCCUGGUCCUGAGUGGGGUGGAGAUUGCUUUCAGACAGGUGGAGGCUGUGUACAUUGCUGACCAGCAGAGUGCGCUGCUGUGUGAGGUGUGGUACACUGAGAACCCCACACAGUGGCAGGUGGGGGUUCACCUGAUCAGUGUGGUCCUCGGCUUCGGGCUGCCUCUGUUGAUCAUGCUCUACUGCUACAUCCGCAUCUUCAAGUCUCUGUGCAACGCCACCCGCAGGCAAAAGCGCAAGUCUCUCCGCCUCAUCAUCUCUCUGGUGUCGGUGUUUGUCAUCUGCUGGGCGCCGUACAACUGCUUCCAGCUGGUGGACAGUCUGCUUAAGCUGGGCUCUGUGAGCGGGGAUUGCCAUUUUGGCCGAGUGGUGGACAUUGGGACUCUGGUCACUGAGAGUGUGGGGCUGUCUCACUGCGCCCUGAACCCUCUGCUGUACGGCUUUGUGGGGGUGAAGUUCAGGAGGGAGCUGGCCCGAAUGUGCAAGGGGCUGCUUGGGCAGAGAGGCUUGCUGGAGAUGGAGGGAUGGAAGCAGAGGAGGCUCAGAAAAACCACAGGCUCUUUCAGUUCCGCAGAGAGCGAAAACACCUCUGUCUCUGUCAUGGUGUGAAGAGACAGGAAGAGAAGAGAGAGAUGGUGUGUGAUACAGGGGGUGGUGCUACUGUGAAUGAAAAAUGAAAAAGAAAAGCAAUUCAAACCAUGAAACCACACUUUAAUUAUUCCUUCCUUCCUUCGGGUUAUGAUCUACAAUCAUAGAAAAUGUUUGAGUUAGGAUUAAGGUAACUCCAGAGAUUAUAUAUAAAAGAGGGACUGACUUUUACAUACACAACUAUAAAAUUCCGAACAACGUGGCAGCUUCUACUCACUGACGCUGUCUCUACAGUGUACUUUGUCUGUGAGAGCGUGACCAGUGUGCUCACACUCUCACAAACGCCUGCUCAGCACUUCCAACACGUCUCAGCAGACGGUUUCUAAUCAGAUUACACUCACUGUGAAAAUCAGUCCAUUCAUCAUCAUGUUGAGAUUCUUGUUUUCAACCUUCCUUUACUUUCCCCUCUUCAGCUGUUCUCUCUGUUGUUAUUAUUAUUAUUAUUAUUAUUAUUAAUAAUAUUACUCUGUUGAAAAAAAGGAAACGACCUGUCUUGAAUUUUCAUUGUUGGGCUUUUUUUUAAAAAAAAUAAAUAUUUUGG